AUGUGGGAAGUGGUAUGGACAGAUCCUGACAAGGAGUCACGGAGGGAACACCGUGAGAGAAAAGCGAUACAGAAAGAACAAAAGGAUAAGGACCGAGCCACUACAGGAUCCGUCUCUACCCGCAGCGUCUCCCCCUCGGAGAGUAGGACCUUCGGCUUCUUUGGAUCUAAGAGCUCGAAGAGAAGCACCACGCCGAAGCCUGAGUCCUCCUCGCCGACACUGGCGAGCUCCACUGACGACAGCAAAGUACGACGCGUCUCUUGUCUGUCUUCGACUCCUUCUACUGCCGCAUCACCCCCCACUUCGGAUCUUCUGGCAGCUCCCGUAGCUUUGUCUUCCUCGGCAGAUCCAUUAACGUCUCAACUUACGGAGUCACUCCACGACUCCCCGGGGUCAUCAACCAGAGGUCUUCUUGACUCUGUGUUUUCGAGAUGGACCGAUACGUCACUUCCGCCAGCCUCACCAAGCACUACAUCUAUCGCUGAUUCAACCACCAAGACGACGCACUAUAUUCAAACAAUUGGCCCUUCAUCCUUCAUCACAAAAGACACCAAAGUCACCGUCAGCCCACGAACUUGUGGAGAUGAUAUUGCCGGUGUCGUGUCAGUAGUCAGGAUCUCCGCAGAUCCCGUCAGAGAAGCUCCUCCGACACCUCCUCGGUCACCAGCUACACUUAUCUCGAUGAACGCAGACACACCAAUCAGUCUGUUUCCCGGACAGUUCUCUCCACCCUCGAAAAUAUCUAUUGCGCGCGCUCCGUCCUGGACAUCCAAGUUCAAACCCAACAAUCCUGAUGCAUGGAAACCUCCCGACGCCUGGGAUUGCGUGCCUUCACCAGAGACUCGGGCCUCUACGUUCGAGGAUAUCAUGGAGGAUCCCACAGAAGCCGAGGAAGAAAUGUCGCUGUCGCUUAACUUGAGCGGCGUCCAGCGAGAGGUCAAAAGCAUGGCCGUCGCAAGUCCAGAAACCCGACUCGUGCGUUUGACAGAAUCUUGGGGUUGGUCAGACGAAGCCAACUUAUACAAAGAGCUUGAGAUGGAGAAGAAACGAUGGAUGCUCUCGUCUCUUGACAAUCUUGACAAGCCCGUUGACAUUGACCCUGCGAGGCACGUUCCAUGGAAGAUUGCGACUGCGAAGGCUAAGAAGGUGCUAGCCCUAUACGAGUCUCAAGCAACGACAUCAUACCUGGCUGCUCUUCACUACACUAAGAACAUCUACCAUAUGUCGCCCACACCGCUGUCGCAUAGGCUGUUCCCAAAUAUUCACCCGGUUGCGGUUCCAGCCAUCUCGCCAUCGACAUUCCCUGUAGGCCCUGGCCUGUUUGGUGCAGUCUACUCACUUAGUCUUCCGUCUCUGGUUCCAUCUCCUGAUGUUCCAGCCAUACUCAAGAGCGUUCACCGUUGUCUAUCAAUGGGUGGUACAUUUCAUUUGACGCUCAUCGACCCGUUACCUUCUACUACAACGUUGGGGCCCCGGCUUCGAGCGUGGCUCGACGAGCAUCUUCUUUUCAAUCUUGAGCGCAACUUUCGUUGUAUGAAUCCGAGCAAGCUAUUCCCCAUCUGGUUGGCAGAUGCUUCGCUUCGUGCUGAGGGCAGUACCAUCACCACGGUGAAGUUCCUCGCCGUUGCGUCGACCGACCCUGAAAGGGUUGAGGCUGAGGGGCUGAGACGGUCUGAAAGGUCUGUCAAGCAAGAGCUACGUAGCCUCGUGGGACGGCUGUUGUGGAUGGACGUUUGGGGUAAUUACAUCGCGGCGGAUGGCUGGUGGUGGGAUGACCCUGCGAUUGUGCAAGAGUGCCAGCAGAUGCGGACCUCCUGGGAAUACUGUGUGAUCGAGGCUGUCAAGGAUGUGUAG